UGUGUUUAAUAUUUCACGAUAUUAUUAAUAACGUUGAUCGAUUUUAAUAUAUUUUAUAAAUUAGUUCCUGCUUAAUCAAUUAAUAUGGAACAAUCAUUGUUUAUGUUUGGAAUAUGUUUAUGUAUAGAACUGUUUUGUUUGACUUUAGUGGGAGUUGACUGUUAUCCAGAAGAAACAAUUAAAACAGCCAUGGUUCAUGCAUGGGCUGAAAAACUUGGAACUGAACUAUGGACUUCUGGAGAUUUUAUAACAAGAAGAAAACAAGUCCAAGAGAGUUAUAAGUCUGCUAAGGUCGUAGUACGAGAUGGAAAUGUAUUGGUAGGAGAAAUGGCAAGAGAAAUUAAAUAUAUGAUGGAUCUCAAAAUCAGCGCAGUUAAGCGAAUAAUGGAUGCUGCCGAAAACACAGCAGUAUCAGCUAAAGAUGAACCAGUUACCAAAGAAUAUCGUUAUUACAAUAGUAAAGAAUUGUACCCACCUGGUAUGUUACCGGAACCGGAACAAAAAGACCUGUCUGAAAUCGAUGAAGUCGAAGAAGCCAGAAAAUUGGCAGUGCCUGCGGCCCGUGAGAUGGUCCUUACUCCUGAUCAGCGAUUUGGAGGCACGCCCAUUAACACUACGUUCAGCGCCGUCCAUGUACCUACAAAUGUUUUCGAUAGAGAUCCUGAGGUAAUAAAAGCGAUUAAAUGGUCUGAUAAUUUAGAUUCAAUUUUCACUAAUAAUUAUCACAUGGAUCCGACUCUGUCAUGGCAAUAUUUUGGAAGUUCGACAGGUUUUAUGCGACAAUAUCCAGCAAUGAAAUGGAUCCAAGACCCAGUAGAUCUGUACGAUUGUCGAACAAGAUCUUGGUACAUCGAAGCUGCAACAAGUCCCAAGGACGUAAUAAUCCUAGUUGAUAAUUCAGGAUCUAUGACAGGACAAAAUAAGGAUAUAGCUAAACAUGUCGUCAGUAAUAUUUUAGAUACUUUAGGAAACAACGAUUUUGUUAAUGUCUUCACAUUUUCCAACGAAGUCGAGGAAGUAGUUCCAUGCUUCAAUGAUAUGCUUGUACAGGCAAAUCUUGCUAAUAUCCGUGAACUAAAACUUGGUAUGGAAAAUUUUAAAACGGAAGACAUUGCCAACUUUUCUUUGGCUUUGACAAAAGCUUUCGAAAUAUUGGAGUUUUAUCGUAUAGAACAUCGAGGAGCAGAUUGUAACCAAGCUAUUAUGCUAAUAACUGAUGGAGUACCUUAUAGUUAUUCUGAAAUUUUCGAACAAUACAAUUGGCAAGAUCUUCCAUAUAUGCCAGUUCGAAUGUUUACUUAUUUAAUAGGAAAAGAAGUGACCGACGUACAAGAUGUUAAGUGGAUGGCUUGUGCUAAUCAAGGAUAUUAUGUGCAUCUCAGUACCUUGGCUGAGGUUCGAGAACAAGUCCUUCAAUAUAUACCAGUGAUGGCCAGGCCGAUGGUACUUUGGAAAAGUGAUCAUCCAACUAUAUGGACUCCUGUUUAUGCAGAUAUAACGGAUCCCAAAAUGACUGAUUGGGAAUGGGAGGCCAAGGAAAGUGAAGAACAAAAAGAAAGAUUUUUGAGCAUGAGGCAUAAUAGAAAAAAGUUCUUUUCACAAGAAGAACAAGAUAGGAGGUAUCUUCUAAAAUAUAGAGGGGAUCAAGGCGAAAGCGAUAUGCACAAGUACCAGCUGAUGACAUCAGUAUCCAUGCCAGUGUACGACCGAAGAGAAAAUGCGAAUAUCACCGAGAAUGUUUUGAUCAACGAGGCAUAUUGGGUGACGGUUACCCGGGAGACACGAGUUGCAAAUUUGCUCGGAGUUGCUGGAACAGACGUGCCUAUACAGGACAUUAAGAGACUUAUGAUGCCUCAUGUGGUUGGUGUAAAUGCUUAUGCUUUUAUAGUCACAAACAACGGCUAUAUACUAAUUCAUCCUGAUUUGCGUCCAGUGUUUCAAGGUAUUCUUAAACCUGCUUACAACAGUGUGGAUAUGGUAGAAGUAGAAUUAGUAGAUGACAAUGGUGGUCCACGAGAUUUUAAUGUAUCCUUGCUGGCGAUAAGAGAUGCUGUAAUCAAUCAAUCCUCUGGUAGCAGAUGGAUGCAAGUGAAAUACCACCUCGAUAGCAUGAGACGUGUAUCCAGAAUACGUCGCCAAUAUUAUUGGACGCAAAUCAAAGGUACACCAUUCACGUUGGUGUUAACCAUUCCUGAACCAUAUGGUUUACAUCGCCUGCAGGUCGGGCCUUUGCAAGAAAUUCACAGAAUGCAUGUGAAUGGUGCAAAUACGUCAAGUUAUUUUGUUGAAAGAAAUUGGCGAAUUCACCCUGAUUGGCUUUAUUGCAAACAAAGCGAUAAGUCAUUCGCCACUCCAGAAGAUGAAUUGAUGUACUUCUUGGAGCGAAUGGAUAGACCUGGUUGGAAAUGGCCAUCCAGGACACCUUAUCCUCCACCAGAACAUCAUGCUGCACUAUAUUGUGACAGAACUUUAAUGCAAAACCUUGUGUUCGAUGCUCGGGUCACCCAAUGGUUUUCUCAAGACAUUAACAGCGUGAAAGACCCAAGCACAUUCAUUAAAAUUGCACCAUUGGAUAGCCCUAACCCCAUCGCUUUGCUGAUGGUAUUGUUGCCCAGGAAGGAAUUUAUUAGAAGAUUUGGUUUAACCGUAGUAUUUGUAGCUACCCACAGUGGUCUAACCAGGUGGAAAGAUUUUUAUGGUGAUGAUAUGAACCCUGACGUACACGAUUUUAGUGAAAAACAUGCUAAAUCAAUUGACGAAGUGUGGUAUAGAAGAGCUGUUGAACAGUAUAUUAUCGAGAAACAAAGUUUUGUAUAUUCGGUACCAUUUGAUGUUGGAGAUCGUAAUGACACUUUAGUAACUGCAAGUCACGCCAUUUACCAUUCCGAAGAACGUCAAGGGCAAAAAUCUAGCGCACCAGCCGCUGUGGUAGGAAUGCAAUUUCGUCACUCUGCUUUGGCACAACUUUUCAGAAACAUCACCAUCAACUGUGCCAAAACAUGCCAGAGUGGUGAUUUGGAUUGUUAUGCUUUGGACAACAAUGGUUACGUAGUUGUUGGCAGUUCUGCUGAGGAUACUGGUAAAUUCUUUGGAGAAGUACGACCACAUUUGAUGUUGCAUUUGAUCCAGGACCGAGUUUAUAGACAAAUAGAAAUAGUUGAUUAUCAAGCUGUGUGCUUCAAACCAACUGAAACUAGCAAUCCAGCUUCUAAAUUGUCUGCGACGCUUCAACUGAUGAAUAUUUUGGAUUGGACAAUUAGUCGAUUGAUUUGGAUUCUUUCUUUGCUUGUAAAUGUUCAUGGAUAUGCGUUCAGUUAUUCAAAUGAUGAAGCCAAGAAAAUGGAAUAUGAUGUGCGAGUACUGAUUAACAGAACACGUCCUCAGCCAUGUGAUCAACAGGUGCUUUUGUAUCAACUUCAACAAUUUCGAGAAGGAGAAAGAACUCCUUACAAUUUACCUGCAAAAGGUUGCGAUCGACCAUAUGUAGUGCAGAUGAUUCCAUACAGUAAUUUGAUUCUACUAGUAGCUGAUGCCCUGUGUCUCCAGCGCGACACAGUACCAUAUUUGGUCACCAUACCUUUUCCUGUAGAUUAUAAUGCCACUUUGGCCUGUCAUAAAGCAAAACACAACAAUGAGCUACCAAGAAAACGACCUACUAGCUGUAUUAGCAGGCAUCAUAAUGAAAGCUCGAUAGAAUUAUGCGGUGACGGAUCAUCAAUGUCUCCAUCAAAACUCAUCCUAAGCUUACUAUUUCUAAAUAUACUAUCAAUGAUUUUUUCCACGUAACCUUAUAAAAAGUGAAUUAGGUAAAAAUAAAUUACGGGUUUUCAUAAACAUCUAUUUGAUAAUUAACUUUUGUACAAAACUAAAAAGAUAAAACGCUUUUUCGCUAAUAUUUAGAUAAUAUUAAUGUACAUCA